GAGUUCAGAGUUCAUCAGCAUGCGCAGUCCUCAACAAGCGGCAGCGUUCGAUUGAAUAGCUUGCGACUAAAAAACUAGCUGAAUCAUUUGAAUUCAAAAGUGUCCCUUUUUGUGAUUGUACGCGUCUUGCGAGGCUAUGGCGGCAAGAUACGACAGAGCUAUCACAGUCUUCUCCCCGGACGGCCAUCUUUUCCAAGUGGAGUACGCGCAAGAAGCUGUAAAGAAAGGCUCCACAGCGGUGGGUAUCAGGGGCAAAGACAUAGUCGUCCUCGGAGUUGAGAAGAAAUCGGUAGCCAAGUUGCAAGAGGAGAGAACCGUCCGCAAGAUAUGUGCCCUGGAUGAGCAUGUCUGCAUGGCAUUUGCAGGACUGACAGCAGACGCUCGAAUAGUGAUUAACAGAGCGCGUGUUGAGUGCCAGAGCCACCGGUUGACUGUGGAAGAUCCUGUCACUGUGGAAUACAUCACACGUUACAUAGCCACACUGAAACAGCGUUACACUCAAAGCAACGGUCGAAGGCCGUUCGGCAUUUCUGCCCUGAUUGUCGGCUUCGACUAUGAUGGAACUCCCAGGCUGUACCAGACUGACCCGUCAGGGACCUACCAUGCUUGGAAGGCGAACGCAAUUGGUCGGAGUGCUAAAACGGUGAGAGAGUUUCUGGAGAAGAACUACACAGACGAAGCCAUCGCUGGAGACAAUGAAGCGAUCAAGUUAGCAAUCAAAGCGUUGCUUGAGGUGGUCCAGUCAGGAGGAAAAAAUAUUGAGCUGGCUGUUAUCAGACGGAAUCAACCACUGAAGAUCCUGGAGUCCAAGGAGAUCGAGACUCUGGUGGCUGAGAUUGAAAAGGAAAAAGAGGAAGAGGCUGAAAAGAAAAAGCAGAAAAAGUCCACUUGAUUUUUAAACAUUUUUUUGUUAAUUGCACUUGGAUUUGGAAGUAGCCUUUUUGGGAGGGUAAGGGGGGCUGAUAACUCAUCAUAUAUUUCAUUAUAAAGAGAUGAAUCCUAACUUGAGAUACUGCACCAGAUGUAUUAUACCUCCAGCUGUUUAAGUAUGUAAAUAUAAUCACUCAUACAUACAUGCAGCACUCAAGUUUGGUUUCACAUAAGGACACUUUUCUAUCGUUCAUCAAAGACUUCUGAUGGUGACGAAUAUAACAUGUUCAAAACAAAUCAGAAUUGUAAUUGGGAACAACUCUCAA